AUGGAGCAGGCGGUGAGCACCGGCACAGCGCUGGGUACCUCGCUGGCCGAGGGGCUGAUCAAAUCCCCGCGGCCGCUGAUGAAGAAGCAGGCGGUGAAACGGCACCACCACAAACACAACCUGAAGCACCGCUACGAGUUCCUGGAGACGCUGGGGAAGGGAACCUACGGCAAGGUGAAGAAAGCUCGGGAUCGCUCCGGUAAACUGGUGGCUAUCAAGUCAAUCCGGAAGGACAAAAUCAAGGAUGAGCAGGACCUUGUCCAUAUCAGGAGAGAGAUUGAGAUCAUGUCCUCCCUCAACCACCCCCACAUCAUUGCUGUCCAUGAAGUGUUCGAGAACAGCAGCAAGAUUGUCAUAGUGAUGGAGUAUGCCAGCAGAGGGGACCUGUACGACUACAUCAGCGAGCGGCAGCGGCUGCCGGAGCAGGAGGCGCGGCACUUCUUCCGCCAGGUCGUCUCUGCUGUCUACUACUGCCAUAAGAAUGGGAUUGUCCACAGGGACCUGAAGCUGGAGAACAUCCUUCUGGAUGCAAACGGCAACAUCAAGAUUGCAGACUUUGGCCUAUCCAACGUUUACCAGCAGGACAAACUCCUGCAGACUUACUGUGGCAGCCCUCUCUAUGCAUCCCCUGAAAUCAUCAACGGGAGACCCUACAAGGGGCCAGAGGUGGACAGCUGGUCCUUGGGUGUCCUCCUCUACAUCCUGGUCCAUGGCACGAUGCCGUUCGACGGCCAGGACUAUAAGACUCUGGUCAAGCAGAUCACGAGUGGGGAUUACAGGGAGCCCACAAAGCUGUCAGAUGCCUGUGGGCUGAUCCGCUGGAUGCUGAUGGUGAACCCAGAGCGCCGUGCCACCAUCGAGGACAUUGCCACCCACUGGUGGGUGAACUGGGGCUACAAAGUACCCCUUGGGGAGCAGGAGCUGCUGCGGGAGAACGACUCCCCCCUGGCCACGGUGGCAGAGUGGCUUCGCCGCUCCUCCCGCCCCCUCCUGGAGAACAGCUCCAAGGUUCGAUGCUUCUUGAAGCAGCACAUCCCCAGCGUGGCCCUGGAGAGGCAGCGCUCCCUCAAGAAGUCCAAGAAGGAGAAUGAUGUCACCCACACGCUGCAGGAGGUGGCUCUGGCCCCGGAGAACCCCUCCAAAUCCAUCCUCAAGAGGCCCAAGGGCAUCCUGAAGAAGAGAAACUCCUGUGAGCAGAAGGUGCCCAACCCUGGUCCCCCUCUGGCAGUGCCCGUGGGAGAGGUGAAGGCUGAGGAUGGAGAGGUGGCUGCUGCAGGGCUCACCCAGAUCCUGCCCUCUGGGACGCUGCCCUGCAGCACGGACGUGGGGGCUGUGCCCACCAGCAUGCCCAAGAAGGGAAUCCUGAAGAAGCCCUCGACCAGGGAGUCUGGGUACUACUCAUCCCUGGAGUGCUGCGAGUCUGGGGAUGUCCUGGAUGCAGGGAGCUUGGACCUCGAUGGCAGCGUGUUUGCUGACCCCCCCUUGCCAGAGCAGGACCCCCAGAGUCUCCCCACCCUCCGGAAAGGCAUCCUCAAGCACAACGGCAAAUACUCCUCCGGCAUCACCGAGCCAGACAGUGCCCCCGGGCAGGGCUUUGGGGGCUUCAGCGAGGUGCCCCUGCCCCAGGCCCCCCGUUCCCGCCCGUCCAGCGCCGUGAGUGAGGACAGCAUCCUCUCCACGGAGUCUUUCGACCAGCUCGACCUGCCCGCCCGUGUCCCCCACGCUGCUGGGACCAUGCGGGGCUGCGUCUCUGCCGACAGCCUCCUCCGGCUGGAAGAGGAGGAGAAGCUGGAGGAGGGGCGAAGGCUGCGCCGCUGGACUGUGACCCACUGCCGCAGCCCCCUGCGACAGAGCAGCUUGUCCCUGGCAGGCUGUGACACCGUCGCCGAGGGCUACCAGCGUGCCGUGGCCAUCGGCAUGAAGCUGAGCUGA